AUGGACUUGGAUUCCAACGUUGUAGUGAAGUUAUCCAUUGACCAGAAACCUUCAUCAGUUUUCCUUAGAAACGGCCGACACAUGACUUUACUGGAUCUCCUUGAGAGGAAUCUAGCCAUUCUUGACACCGGUAACUUUGUGCUGGCAAGACACGAUUCAGUCAAUUUGUGGGAGAGCUUUGGAGAGCCAACUGAUACUCUAUUGCCUACACAAAUUUUCAGUCGAGGGAGCAAGCUAGUUGCUGGAUACUCCAUAAUGAAUCGCUCAACGGGAAGAUUUCGGUUCACUCUACAAGCUGAUGAAAAUCUUGUGCUUUACACCCUAGAUUUCCCGUCUGGAAACAUUUACCUUGCAGCAAAAAAUGGAAGCAUACUAAAAAUGCUUUCAUCUGAAUCUACAACAACUCAAGAAUUUUACCACAUUGCAGUUCUUGAAUACGAUGGAGUUUUCAGGCAUUAUGUCUGCCCUAAGAGAUCCAGUCCUGAUUUCACUGGGUGGCCUCCUAAAUGGUCUUCCUUGUCCACCUCCAUACCUCGAAACAUCUGCAUGAGACUAAAGAAGAUUCCGGUAGUGGAGCUUGCGGAUUUCAACAGCCUACUGCAAUACUGGUCAUAUGAUUGCUGUAAAGAAGGAAAGUCAGACAUUUUAGUAGAAGAAGAUGAAGAGGCAAUGGAAGAAAUGAAAAGGGUAGAUAGAAACAUUUCUUUGCGCUCAUCUCUCACGGCUGAAAAUGAUAACUCUUCUUGGACUUCACCAUCUGGGGAUUUUGCUUUUGGAUUCCAACAAAUUGGCGAUGCUGGCUUCUUACUAGCCAUAUGGUUCGACAAAAUACCUGGAAGAACCAUAGUCUGGUCAGCUAAUAGAAAUAAUCUAGUUGAGAGGGGAUCAAGAGUACAAUUUACCACAGAUGGUCAGUUGGUCCUAGAUGACCUAUCAGGCACACAAAUAUGGAGCACCAGUGGAAUUGGAGCUGCCUAUGCAGCCAUGCUGGACACUGGAAACUUUGUGCUAGCAAGCCAAUCAGCUGCCAAUUUGUGGCAGAGUUUUGAUGAACCAACAGAUACAAUGCUACCCACACAGACUCUGAGUCAAGGUCUUGCACUAUUUGCUCCCUACCUAGAAAUGAAUUAUUCAGACGGAAGAUACAUGCUUAUUCUUCAAACUGACGGGAACCUUGUCCUGUACACCACACGUUAUCCAUCAACUACCAAUAAUUUUGCCUAUUGGUCUACCCAAGAUUCUAUUGGCAGUGGUUAUCAGGUGAUCUUUAACCAGUCUGGCUAUAUGUAUCUAACAGCAAAAAAUGGUACUAUGAUUAAUCCUUUAUUCUCUGAUUCAGUAACAAUCCAAGAUUUCUACCAGAGGGCAACCCUUGACUAUGAUGGAGUUUUUAGGCACUAUGUCUACCCAAAGACUACUGCUUCAAGCAGAAACUGGGCUCUGGCAUGGAAUACAUUGUCUUUCAUACCAUCAGAUAUCUGCUUGAGAAUUGGGGAAGAAGAAGGCAGCGGAGCUUGUGGUUACAACAGCAUUUGCAGAUUAGGAGAUGAUCAAAGACCAAUGUGCCAAUGUCCUCCCGGUUACAGUUUCGUGGAUCCCACUGAUGAGAGGAAGGGAUGUAAGCAAAACUUUGUUUCACAGUAUUGUGACCAACCAUCACAUGGAACGGAUGACUUCAAGCUCGAGGUGAUGCCUAACACAAAUUGGCUUUAUGGUGAUUAUGAACAUUUUGGUUCAAAGAAUGAGGAUUGGUGCAGACAGGCUUGCUUGAGUGACUGCUAUUGUGCUGUUGCCAUUUUCAAUAAUGGAGAUUGUUGGAAGAAGAGAAUCCCUCUUUCGAAUGGGAGAAUAGAUCCAAGCGUUGGUGGAAAAGCCCUGAUAAAAGUGAGGAAAGGCAACUCGACUGCAGGUUCAAGCGCAAAGAAGAAUGAUCGAUCAACUUUGAUCAUAAUAGGCUCAGUACUUUUAGCUGUGAUCUCGUUGCUAGGCAUCUAUGUGUUCUUUUCUCGAUUGAACCGACAAAAACCAAAAAUGAUCGAGCCACACAACGUCCUGCCAGACGUGAAUCCGGUAAAUUUUACUUACAAUGAGCUCGAAACGGCUACUAGAGGAUUCAAGGAAGAACUGGGAAGUGGUGCUUUCGGAACUGUUUACAAAGGGGCUCUAGCCAAUGAAGUUCUUUCAGACUGGUCAUAUGAUUGCUUUAAAGAAGGAAGGUUGGACCUUUUAGUAGAAGAAGAUGAAGAAGCAUUGGAAGACAUGAAAAGGGUAGAGAGGUUUGCGAUGGUAGCAAUUUGGUGCGUUCAGGAGGAUCCAUCUUUACGACCUGGAAUGAAGAAAGUUUUACAGAUGUUAGAAGGAGCUAUUCAUGAGUUUGGUCCUAAAAUGGGGAUUAAUCAAAGAUUAUACAUGAUAAUGCAAACCCCAUUUUUGGUGUCAAGAAGCAACAUUUCAUUAGACCCUAUUGUUGUUUUGCUCAAGAAGUGCUUAAAGUUUAAAACUUUAAGAGGUGGGAAGCAAGUUCAUGCUUGGUUAGUAACUAAAGGGAUUGAUUUGAGAAUAUCGUCACUGAAUUCAAAGCUUGUUGGCAUGUAUGCGAGUUGUGGAGACAUAAAGUCAGCUACUUUAAUCUUUAAAAGCAUUCAAAACCCAAAUGUUUUUGCAUUGAAUUGGAUGGUUUUAGCCUCUGCAUUUGAAGGGUAUUAUAAAGAGGCUAUAGGGUGCUUCUGUUCAAUGAAAGAUUCAAUUUUCAUUUACAAUAAGUACACUUUCUCUAUUGUUUUGAAAUCUUGUGUUGGUUUAUUGGAUAUGAAUAAAGGAAAGGAGGUUCAUUGUAUGGUUAAACAAUUGGGUUUUGAACGUGAUGUUUGUGUGGCCAAUGCUUUGGUAGAUAUGUAUGGUAAAUGUGGGUGUGUUGGUUAUGCACGUAGAGUGUUUGAUAGAAUGGUUAAGCGAGAUGUUGUUUCUUGGACUUCGAUGAUUUCUGGGUAUUGUAAUGUAGGGAAGAUUGAGGAAGCUCUUGUUUUGUUUGAGAGAAUGAAGUUGGAGGGAUUGGAACCGAAUGUUUUCACAUGGAAUGCUAUGAUUUCGGGUUAUGCUAGGAGAGGAGAUAGUGAUGGAGCAUUUUCUCUUCUGUCGAAGAUGACUAGAGAAGGGUUGAUUCCUGAUUUGGUUACUUGGAAUGCAAUGAUUGCAGGUUUCGUUCAGGGGGAGAGAGCAGGUGAUGCUUUCAAGUUGUUUCAAGACAUGUUAGUUUUAGGGGUUAAGCCUAAUCUUGUGACUGUUACAGGCUUGCUGCCAGCAUGUGGGAUGAUUAGUUCAAUACGACAAGGUAGAGAAAUCCAUGGAUUGAUAUAUAGAAUGGAGUUUGAUAUUACUAAUGCGUUUGUUGCGAGUGCUCUCAUUGACAUGUACUCAGAAUGUGGCAGUGUUGAAGAAGCAAGUACUGUAUUUGAGAAGUUCCAUAACAAAAAUGCUGCAUCAUGGAAUGCUAUGAUUGGAUGCUAUGGUAAGCAUGGGAUGGUGGACUCGUCGAUAGAGUUGUUUGAGAGAAUGCAGGAAGAAGGAAUUAAGGCAAAUGAAGUGACUUUGCUUUGCGUUAUUUCUGCUUGUAGCCGUAGUGGUUAUGUUGAGAAAGGUUUGGAAAUUUUUUGGUCCAUGAAAGAAAGGUAUAUGGUUGAUCGUAAGAAAGAGCAUUAUGCUUGUGUUGUUGACAUGUUGUCUCGUUCUGGAAGGCUAGAAGAGGCCUACAAAUUGGUGAAAGAAAUGCCAGUAGAAGUCACAAAAUCAAUUGCUGGAGCUUUCUUCAAAGGAUGUACGAUUCAUGCAAGAGAAGAUUUGGCUGAAAAGAUGAUAGAUGAAGUUACAAGAGCGGACUUGAAAAAACUUGGAUCAUUUGCAAUGCUGUCAACAAUUUAUGCUACCAAUGGUGAAAGGGAAGACAUUUUUAGCAACAUAAAGAAGAUCAUGAAAGAAAGAAAAGUACACAAGGAGCCUGGCUUUAGUCAGGUUGCGGAGAAGGAUGAGAUUGUCAAAGUUGAAAUAGGAAAAGGAAAUGACGACAUUGAAGCAGGUAUAUUCUCCAAUGCUAUGUAA